AUGACCCUUGAGAGGGCAAGGGAGAGGCAAGAGAGAGAUGUGAGUGAGUCCGAGAGGGAGGCCGAGAGACAGGAGAGGGAGAAGGAAAGUCAGGAGAGGGAGGCUGAGAGAAAGGAGAGGGAGAAGGAGAGGCAGGAGAGGGAGAGGGGGAGAGAUGAGAGGGAGAGGGACAGACAGAAUAUGGCCCUUGAGAGGGCUAGGGAGAGGCAGAAGAGAGAUGCGAGGGAGGCCGAGAGGGAGGCCAAGAGACAGGAGAGGGAGAGGGAAAGGCAGGAGAGGGAGACUGAGAGACAGGAGAGGGAGACUGAGAGACAGGAGAGGGAGAGGAAGAGGCAGGAGAGGGAGAGGGAGAGAGAUGAGAAGGAGAAGGACAGACAGGAGAUGACCGUUGAGAGAGCUAGCGAGAGACAUGUGGGAGAUGCGAGGGAGGCCGAGAGGGAGGCCGAGAGACAGGAGAGGGAGAGGGAAAGGCAGGAGAGGGAGGUUGAGAGACAGGAGAGGGAGAGGGAGAGUUUUGCCGAAAGGUCGCUCGGAAGAGGAACUGUUCCGAGCGAAGGGGCGCCCCCCAUCGCCGUUGUCGGCGCUGGCACGCUCAGCCGCAGGAUCUUCCGUCGACGCGGAUCCGAAACAAUCACGGAUCCCACCGGCCCCACACCGUCCUCCUCCUCCUCCUCCUCCUCCUCCCGAUCGUCAGCGACGUCGACUCCUCCUGGGGCAACGAAGGAGGCCGAGAGGGAGGCUGAGAGACUGGAGAGGGAGAGGGACAAGCAGGAGAGGGAGAGGGAGAGGGAGAGGGAGAGAGAUGAGAGGGAGAGGGACAAGCAGGAGAUGGCCCUUGAGAGGGCCAGGGAGAGGCCAGCAUUGGGGCGUGUUCGCAGUGAGCCGCCGCGCACAGUCUCUAAAGGGGGGUUAUUGGUUGGGAGCAAAUUGGGGCCAAGUGGGAAAAAUUGUUCCAAGAUGGAACAAUUUUAG